AUGGCAACAACUCGUUCAAGGACCCGAAAGUCUUCCAUCUCACAGACCUCGACUCCCCUCACCUCCAACUCUGCUGCCGGUUCUAGCGCUGCGUCCCUAAACUCUUCGUCAACGUCUCUUUCAUCAAUGGCCGAGAAGCCAACGACGGGAAAGCCCAUGCUCGAUACCUACGGCAACGAAUUCAAAAUCCCGGAUUUCACGAUUAAGCAAAUCCAUGAUGCGAUUCCAAAGCACUGCUUCAAAUCAUCAACCCUUAGAUCUAUGAGUUACGUUCUCCGGGAUGGGCUCCUGAUCGCUGGAAACUUCAUUGGUUUCAAAUGCUACAUCAUCCCAGCUCUUGCGGAGCAACAUGUCGCAACGAGAGUUGCCGCAUGGGGUACCUAUGCGUUCCUUCAGGGUCUCUUCGGAACUGGUAUCUGGGUUCUUGCGCACGAGUGUGGACACGGUGCAUUCUCACCUAGUAAGGUUGUGAAUGACACAGUUGGAUGGAUUCUUCACUCAUCUCUCUUGGUGCCUUUCUGGUCAUGGAAGAUUUCCCACGGAAAGCACCACAAGGCCACUGGUCAUCUUGAGAGGGAUAUGGUUUUUGUGCCCAAGAGCCGUGAGGAAUACUCGAGAAGAUACGCUGGAGGGAUUGGUCACGAUAUUGCGGAGCUCACCGAGGAAACUCCAAUUGCUACGCUUAUCCACUUGGUCCUGCAACAGGUGUUCGGAUGGCCAAUGUACUUGAUCAACAACGUUACUGGCCACAACUUCCAUGAACGUCAAUCAGAGGGCCGCGGUAUCGGCAAGAAGAACGGCCUCGGAGGCGGUGUUAACCACUUCGAUCCCCGCUCUCCCCUGUACGAGGCCAAGGAUGCCAAGUGGAUUCUCAUGUCAGAUAUUGGUAUCGCCACCACCAUGUUCUGCCUCUACAAGGCUGCCCAGGCAUUCGGUGCUUGGAACAUCUUCCUCUGGUACGGUCUGCCGUACAUCUGGGUUAACCACUGGCUUGUCGCUAUCACUUUCCUUCAGCACACUGACCCUUCGCUUCCUCAUUACCACCCCGAAACAUGGACUUACACACGUGGUGCCGCUGCCACGAUCGACCGUGAAUUCGGUUUCAUCGGACGUCAUCUCCUCCACGGCAUUAUCGAAACCCACGUUGCACACCACUUCGUCUCCUCCAUUCCAUUUUACAAGGCCGAUGAGGCCACCGAGGCCAUUAAGAAGGUCAUGGGCAGUCACUACCGUUCAGACACUAAGGGGGGUGCUUGGGGUUUCGUUCGUGCUCUUUGGAGAUCUGCCCGUUGGUGUCAGUUUGUUGAGCCUUCUGCGGACGUUGAGGGCGAGGCCAAGGGCGUAGUCUUCUUCAGGAACAGGAAUGGCUUUGGAGUGCCUCCUGUUCCAAGGGAAAAGGUUGAUGUUAGGCCAUCAGCUGUGAAGGGUAAAGAGAGUGUUCAAGUGCAGGUCGCUGAGGUAUCAGAUUCUGAGUAG